GCAGGCAGCGCCCCGCGCGGCGGCCGCGGCGCUCGGCCCGCCGGCCGCGCCGCCUCCGCGGCCGGCGGCGGCGCCGCGGGGCGCAGGACGCAGGUGAAGAGGGCCCGCAGGGAGGCGGAGGCGCGGCGGAGCGGUGGGCUCCUCGACGGCGGGAGGGGCUGGGCCGGCUCCGAGCCCAGUGGCGUUGACGAGGUGGUGGAGCGCCUGCUGCAGCUGCUGCCGCGGCGGCGUCGCCUGGCUUUCAACGAGCGGGCGUUCCUGAUGAGGCUCGCGGAGGAGGGAGGAGGAGGUGAACCCGUGGCCGCCCCGGUUGACGACAUCUGGCUGGACGGCAGCGAUGGUGAAGGGGUCGAGCACCGGCUAGGCACCAUCAGGAUGCAGCUGCGCAGCCGUGAGGCGAAGGCGCUCCGGGCCCACAAGUGCGUGAAGGCCCUGUUUCCAGACAGCCCGCUCGUGCUCCCCCCGCUCGGGCAGGACGUGGAGGGCGCGGAGAUGCCUGCUUUCAUCGAGAUUGUCCAAUACGGCUCCAGGCCAGCCACGAUCCCGCACUACCACCUGGACUGCCACGGUGGGCCUAAGGACUGGAACCGCCCGGGGGCGGAGAUCUACUGGGGCGCGAGGGCCAAGGAGCAUUUCCAGCAGCGGGGGAUGCCAAAGGCCACCGCGGCCGACGUCAACCUCAUCCUGGCCUUCCUCAGCGCCGGCAGGUGCGGCAUCGAGAAGCUUUGCCGCCCCGUCCUCCACGAGGACGGCUGGCACCGCUUGCACUGGAGGGGCCUGCCUGCCGACGAGAUGCGCCAGCUCCAGCGCGACGGGUGGCGGAGGGCCUGGCACGGCUUCAAGCUCGAGGCGCUGUACUCCAUCGUGGAGCACGGGUGCCUCCUCGAGAGCCGGGAUACGAUGUCGGGGGAGCGCACCUUGGCCGACAUGCCAGGCGUGUACGCGCACAAAGACGGCACGCACAGGAAGGCGGAGAGCUACAUACGCUUCGUGCACCUGUGCGGGGACGGCGUGUUCUGGGCGGCGAAGCUGGAGCUGCUCGUGGACCGCCGGAUGGCCAGGCCGCUGAGGGUGCAGACCGAUCAGUGGGUACACCCGUCGGCGGCGGUGAAGAUCGCGGCCCUCUGGGUCUGCGGCCGCACGUCGGCGGAGAUGCGCGGCGGGGACGCCGUGGCGGUGGAGUGGGACCCCCUCCUGGAGGCCAACCCGCACGCCGGGCAGCGGCUGCUGCGCCUGCAGGAGUCGGACGGGGCCAGGGCGAGGCGCUGCAGCGGCCAGGCUCGCAGCCUCAGCCGCGCCACUGCCUCGGGCGAGCGCCCUGCCUGCGAGCCGGUGGUGACCUGCGGCCUCUGCCCGACGCUGGGGCGCCCCAGCUGCCCGGAGUGCCAGUGCGAUCCCCACCCCCAGUGCCCGAGCCUGGAGUUCUCGCCGAACAGCGCCUUCCACCAGGAGGGCAUCUCCGUCGUCUUCUUGCUGGGCUGCCUCGGGGUGGCCGCGGGCGCAGGCUCGCCGCUAGGCGGGAUGGCGGCCCACCCGGUCGCGUUGACUCACGGCCUGGCGGCUCGCGAUUUUGUGUACGUGCGCUACAACUACGCCCCGCGGCUUUGGCACGAACGUUUGGUCAUCCUGCUUGUUAGCAAUGCCGGGCAUUUAGUGUCCAUAGUCACCCCUGAUGGGGACCAGUACGACGAGGACUUCAACGGGCCAGACAUCGUCGAGAUACAGGUGGCGCCGGGCGCGGCGGCAGGAGGCAUUCCAGAGGGCGUCGGGGCCGUUCCCUUGCGCCAGAUUCGGGCCACCCCGACAGCCGCGACGGCCGCUGCCGCUCGAGUCGCAGCCUGCGCGAGGCACGGCGUUGCCGCGCCGCCCGGCCAGCUCCUCCCCAACGCUGUCGGGAGAGGGGGCUUUGGCCCGGCGGGCGCGGCCGCAGGGGCGGCUGCGGUUGUCCCGGGUGCCCCCGCAGGCGGCGAUGGGGCCGGCGCCGGAGCCCUCGCCCCCGCCGCGGGGCCUGGCGGGCUCGCGGCCGCUCUCGGCGGUGCAGCGCAGCCGGUGCCUGCGGGAGCGCUGGCGCUGCCCGCCGCCAUGGCCGCGGCUGGGCCAGCCCCCGGCGGCGGCGCGGGCGCCGCGGGCGCGGCCGCCCUGGGCGCCCCGGCAGGAGGCGCAGGCGCUCCCGCCCUGGCUGGUGCGGCGGCGGCGGCAGCCGCCCCAGCGCUUGCCGCAGGUGCCGCGGCAGGCGGGGCGCUCGGCGUUGCCGCGCCGAUCGCGGGCGCAGGCGGGCUCGGGAGCUACUUCGACUUGAGGGUGGCGCCGAUCCAGUUCGACUUGCUGGGCGAGCGCCGGGUGGCCUUCGAGAAAGCAGUGAUGGGCUUCCGGGAGGACGCCUUCCCGGGCGACGCGCGCUGGAAGCAUGAUGCUAAGCUCCAGCCGCAGGACGCGGGGGUGGCGGAGCACGAGCGGCGCUGCCGUCGGCUCGAGACGAUGGCGUACUACGACCAGAUGAACCUGCCCAACUGCGCGACGGCCGAGCACCUUGCCCGCUCACAUCAGGUCCAGGAGGAGCGCUGGAGGGAGCGACUUAGCGGCCACAAGGAGGACGCUGUCGGCGACGCUCACCUCUACUACGGAGUGGACAUCGUUCGAGCCGGGGUUUGCGCGUGCCCCGAUUUCACCGAGUGGGUGGCCAAGGAGCUCCCCCGCGAACGCGCCCUGCUGAAGGAACGACUGAAGGUUAAUCGAGCUAUCAUCUCGGAUCUCCAGGGCAAGGGGCUCGUCGUUCACGAGGUUUCAGAGGCGCCGAGGGAGAUGGGCUUCGUGGGGCUCCAGAUGACGGAGGGGCGCGCCGCGAGCCUGAAGACUGAGAAUGUCUGGCGCCUGCGCUUGGGCAUUGAAUCUUUGCUUCGCCGGGGAAAGGCCUCGGGCAAGAUGAUGCAGUGCAUAACUGGGCACAUCGCGUGGCUCAACCCCCAGGACCUUCCGCCACCGUUUGCGAGCCAAGCUGCCCUUCACAACCUGCAGGCGCUGCCGCCCGGGAUGCCCGGGAGCCGGACGCGCCGCCGGCCGGUGGCCGAGCGCCUUCGGCAGGACCGAGCCGCGCGGGCUCGCGCGGCUGCGGCCGAGAGGCCGGCGCUGCCCACCCUGUCGGCGCUGGAGCGCACGGCGGUGAAGGCGACCACGGAGAGGUCGUACCACGCGCUGCUGCCGGACCUCCGCCUGUUCUGCACGGCGCAGGGCGCCCCCUGGAACUCGCGCGCGGGGCGGGGCGCGGCACUGGCAGCCUUCCAGAAUACUUUGUGCAUGGACGGCCGCCCGGGCUCCGACGGCAGCAAGCUGCUCGCGGCGGUCGCUCGCCUCUACCCGUCGAUCGGCAAGCAGGUGCGGGCGGCCCUGCCCAGGGCCCGUCGGCGCGCCCAAGCUUGGGGGCGCCGAGCCCCAGGCCACCAGAGACUGCCCCUAUGCGGAAAGGAGACCCUGGUGCUGUCGCAGCUGAACCAGGUGCCGAGCUCGACCCUCGAGUUCGGCCGCGAGGUGGAGGCGCGCUUCGCCCUGGUCGUCGAGCGCGGCCUGGUCGGAAGCAAAGUGCUGGAGCUCCUGCCCCUUCGCGCCCUCCAGCCAGAGUUCAACACCAGGGUUAACUUCAACAUAAAGGUAGAGUUCAACAUUCAGGUAGAGUUCGACACAAUGGAGCAGAUUGUGCAACAGCUUCAGGCGACGCUGGAACGUCAACAACAAGACAUUCAAUUACUACGUCAACAGCUUGCGGCGGAGCAGGCCAAGACGUCGGUCAUCGAGCGCCUCGCGACGUCGAUCGACAAGAUGGCUGCGAAGAGUGGGUCGUCAUCCCUUGUGGACACCAAGGGCAUAGGCAAACCCACUACGUUUGGAGGCGGGGACGAGAAGGAUCUAGAGAAGAAGUUCGGCGUGUGGCAGAGGAAGACCCAGAACUUCAUCAUGAGCGUGCACCCGUCUCUGGACGACGUGAUGGAAUGGGCCAUCGAGAAUAAGGAGACCAUCACGAACGACAUACUGCUGCAGGCCUUUGGCGACGAUGCGGAUCCAGCCAACAAGAUCGAUGACAUUUUGGAGAAGUCCCACCAGGUGUACAGCAUGUUGGUCCAGAUCACAGAGGGCGAGGCCAAUGACAUCGUGUGCAACUCUGGGUCCAACGGGAUGGAAGCCUGGCGGAAGUUAAGCAGACGGUUCGACCCACUUACUGGGGGUAGGGUUCGCAACCUACUUAGGCAGAUCAUCAACCCCGGGAGGUGCUCCAUGGACGUUAUUGCGGGCGGCUUGGAGCGUUGGGAGGAGUUGGUGACGAGGUACGAGCGCUCCAAAACGUCCCGGGGAGAGGCCCGGGCCCUACCAGAGGACAUAAAAAUGGCUGCGCUCGAAAGCCUUGUCCCCCAGGAGCUGGAGACGCACCUGCAGCUGAACGCCACGAGGUUCGGCACCUACAUGGACAUGAGGACCGAGAUCGUGCGUUACGUGGAGGCGCGGCUCGGAGCCAAGAUUCGUGGACCACAGGUUCAGCAGCAUGAUCGUCAUCGAGACCGUGGCAGCGACAUGGACGUGGACAUGGGAUCCCUCCAGAGGCACCCGAAGGGCAAGGACGGCAAGGGCAAGUCCGGCAAGGGCUUCGACGGUUACUGUUUUAAUUGCGGGGGCUGGGGACAUCGCAGUUCCGACUGCCGGAGAGCUCCCCAGGACGGCAAAGGCCGUGGAGGAAAGAGCGACCCCAAAGGCAAAGGUAGGGACUCCAAGGGUAAGGACACCAAAGGCAAAGCACGAGGAUCAGGAGCUCAUGAGACGGGGGCGUUUGAAUUGUGCACCCUCGACCUGUGCCCUCUCACGAGCAUCACCAGCGACGAUUUCGACGAGCACGGCAACCCGAGGGACACGGAUCUGGCAACGGAGCUGGACCACAUACCGGAUCUAGGUCUGACUAUGGACACAGGUCAGGCGUGCGAGAUGGACGACAUACCGGAUCUAGGUCUGACUAUGGACACGGGUCAGGCGUGCGAGAUGGACGACAUACCGGAUCUAGGUCUGACUAUGGACACGGAUUUGACAAGGGAGCUGGACGACAUACCGGAUCUAGGUCUGACUGUCGAGACGGAUCUGGCGUGCGAGAUGGAUCACUUACCGGAGCUAGGUGCGAUUAUGGAGCUGGAUGUGACGAGCGAGCCGGACGAGAUAGCGGAGCUGGAUAUCGUCAUCGAGAUGGCUCUGACCAGCGAGACGGACGAGAUAACGGAGCUAAACGUGACCAUGGCACUGGACUUGGACACGGUGGAGCUGAGGAAGCCGGAGCUCGAGGUCAACUCCGUGGACAUGAACAGCUUCAAGACUGCGAGUGGCGAGGUCGUGGACGACGAGGGUCCGUUCCAGUUUCUUGGUUGCUCCUUGAAUGGCCAGCUCUUCCGGUUGAACGGGCGCCUGGCGGACAUCCACAAGCCGUUGGUGUCGGCAGGCAAAGUCACGGAGAAUUGCAUGGUCAUCUUGAAGGAGCACACCGGCAACGUGAUCCCUAGGACGAGUAACCUUGCCAAGAAGAUCAACGAGGUGAUCCAAAACGAGUUGGAGGCGUCACCGAAGCAGGAGCUGCUGAAGCUGAAGAAGGAGAGAGGCGUGUACAACUUCUACCUGAACAAGAACGACGGCACGAACGAGCUGUGGAAGUUCAACCUGGACACGGGCGCUGCGUGCACGGUGUUCCCGACUAAAUGGGCGAAGCCGGACGACGACGCUUCGAGGUCAAAGCGGGAGUUGGCUCCCAUGGAGGCUGCGGCGGCCAAUUCUUCGGCUCCGGCGGGGGGAAGAGAGAAGGCUGCGACGCACGUUUUCAUCAAGGACCGGGUCACCAGCAUGAUCGGCGCGACUGUCUUGGACGGCAAGACGAGCACGUAUGCGGCGAAGUACUUCACGAAUUUCUUGGUGGAGCUAGGGUACCGCAGGAUCAUCUUGAAGAGCGACAACGAGCCUGCGUUGUUGAAACUGCGCAGGGAGGCUGUGAAGGACAUGCAGAUCGAAGUUGUGCCACGGGAGUCGCCUGUGAGCGAUCACCAGGCCAAUGGUGCGGCUGAGAGUGGUGUCCGCGAGGCUAAGAAGGGCAUCCGUGCCCUCAAGACGUCCACCGAAGACCGGUAUGGAAGGAAGCUCGCUGAGGACCACGUGCUCCUAGCGUGGCUUGCGCGGCACGUGGCUCAGACGUCCAAUCGGUACAAAGUCGGUGAGGACGGACGUACGCCGGUGCAGCGGUCAACUGGCAGGCGGUGGAAGAAACCGGCAUUAUUGUUCGGAGAGUGCAUUAUGGCGAGGCUGGCGGCGAUUAGGGCUGGCAAGCGCGACUACGAGAACAUCAUGAUUCCGGGUGUGUACGUCGGCCAUUCUGCACGGUCAGGCAGCCUUAUUAUCUUGGCGGAGGACGGAGUUCGCUACGCGAAGUCGUUCCGGCAGCGACCCCACGGCGCCGCUGGGGCCCAGGAAGGGCUCAAGAGGGACGUGUACAUCACAGCCAAGAUGACGGAGAAGUACGGCCUGACGCCGGAGUGCCCGGCCUGCACGGAGAUAUUCUUCGGAGGUUCGACCAGGCAGGGCCAUGCACCGACGUGUCGUUCACGGAUCGUGGAGGCGAUGGAGAAGGACCCUGACGGUCGUCUCCGGCUAGCGGCGGCGAGAAGACGGAAGAAGGCUUCGACGGCAGCGCCAGAUGCCAAGCAGGAGCCUGAGGUGGAGGACGCCGUGCGCGAGAAGCCGGAGGAGGAGCAGGAGGAGGUGGACAUGACUGUGGAGGAGGGCAUAGGAGGAGAGAUGUUGGAGGAUGCGCCGGAGGUUAGGACAGCCAUCGAGCGCAGGACCAGCGAGCUCGAAAGCGAGGCCGGCAUCCCCGGGACCUCGGAAGAGACCGGAGCCAUGGCUGGGACGAGUGGCAUCUCAGAAAAAUCGGCGCCGGCGGUGGGCCAGGCGCACAAUGCAGACGUGGGUGCGUUCUCUGCGUACAAGGACAAGUACUUCGCAGAGACGGUUAAGCACGUGACGGAGUUUUACACCGGCUCGGAGUUCGAGGGCGACUCUGAGGGCAUCCGGGGGGUAUCCCGGAUAGCAGUCGAGAUGUCCGCAAUGGACGUCAGUGAGGUCCUUUCCCGAGGCAAUCGUCGUCUUGGACUUCGUGCAGGGUUCGCCAUUGAUUUACAACUUCAGCGACCUGACGGGCAGUUCUGGGACCUUUCACGGGAUGAGGACAUAGACAUGUUAGAUAAGCUCCAGGACAAGUACAAGCCUGAGGUGUUGAUCGGGUGUCCAUCGAGUACUGUGUUUUCGAGGCUUCGGUCGCCAUCGAGAGUAAACUUGGACCCAAACACCGUGAGCUUAGAGAUGCAGGACGGCCGGAGGCACUUGAGAGCGAGUGUCGACGCGUACCGGAAGCAGAUCAAGAUGGGCAAGUUGUUUUUGCAUGAGGUUCCUGGGAUUACCACCUCCAGGGACGAGGACAUCAUGGCGGAGCUGGAGAACAUGCCGGGAGUGUACAAGGUGGCCGGUCCCAUGUGCAAAUGGCGGCUGGCAGGCACCAUCCAGAGCGGAAGAUCUGGAUACGUGCGCAGAGAAACGUCGUGGUUAACGAACUCGCGAGAGUUGGCCGCUAUGCUGCAGGACGAGCGUGUGAGCCUGCAGGGCAAGAGUGGUUGGUAUCGGCAUGUACGUCCAGUUGGUUUUCAGAAGGUGAGGUCUACGCAGAUAUAUCCGCCGAGGCUGAUGUAUGCGAUUUUACGUGUGGUUCGUGAUCAGCUUGUUCACCGGAUGGAGUUGUCGAGUAUGGACAUUUGCACGGCUGGGCCCAUAGCUGAGGAGCCGGAGGUGUACAGCGACGAACAGUGGAAAACGUAUUACGACGACGUCAACGGCGGGAUUCUACCGACGAAGUUGGUGGAGGACGCUAGGCAGUUGGAGCGGGACUGGGUUGCCAAGGAGGGCGUGUACACCAAGGUCCCGCGGGAGGUCAUGGAGAGCGAGGGCGCUACUGCGAUUCCGCUGCUCUGGAUUGACACCAACAAGGGCGACGCUAAUAAACCUGUCGUGCGUUCUCGAUUGGUCGUGAUGGAGGCCACGAAGGGCAAGAAGGCGAAGUUCGAGCAGCUGAGUCCGGAGAAGUUGUUCUCCGCCAUGCCGUGGUUGGAGGCUUUGAAGCUUCUCUGCAGUAUCCAGGCGACGCAACAGCGGAGUUCCAGGGGCGCCGAGCUCAAGCUAGCGUUCUGGGACAUCUCGCGGGCACACUUCAUGUCGAAGUGCGAGCGGAGGCUGUUUGUCAAGUUGCCAGAGGGAGAUCCCGACAGACACACUCAUGUUGGGCUGCUUCAGAGGACCAUGUACGGAACUCAGGACGCAAGCCACCUGUGGCAGAAGAACUACACCGACCUUUUGGCUAAGAAGGGUUACGUUCCGGGGAAGACGAACCCAUCUAUAUUCUACAACCCAUUUGAUGGAUCGAGGCUUUUCGUCCACGGAGAUGAUUUUGUUCUCUUGGGUGAUCAACGUUCAAUUACGGAAAUGGACACGCUGUUAAAUUCUAAGUGCACUUGCAAGCACGUGGCAACGCUUGGCACGGAGGCAGGUGACUCCCAGGAGGCGUGCAUCUUGAACCGGAUUGUUCGUAUCACGGAGGUUCGGACUACCGAGCAGAUGGCCGACCCUCUGACGAAGGCGAUGGCCGUCGGCAUGAGGGACCCUUUGCUUACGACAGCCGGCUUGGUCUUCGACUCGAGCAGG